AUGCUGAAGCUGAUGGAUCAGAAGGAAGAAGUACGAGACCGAGGCUGCGGCAGGACGCGGAGGAAGCAAGAAAAACGUGCUGAGCUCACCAAGCAACACGGAAAGUCCCAGUUCCACGUCGCCGAGCCUACCUUGAAGGCUCUCACGGAGACUCUCAACACGUUGAGCACGAGCGUGCACGAGGCGCACAAGCAGGGUACCCAAAUCGAGGACGAGGACAUCGCCGAACUCAUCGCCGAACUCCGCAUCGAACCCGGAAAGCCGCUCCUGGAGGAAGCGGUGAACGCGAUUCAAGGGUGGGCUACCAUCGAGGACGACGAUGAAGUGGUUGAGGCUCUCAGAGAGGAUACGGUGGAAGACAUGACGGCACAGCUGGCUGGGACUCGAGUGUCUACCGGCCGCGAGGAGGAGGACGAGGAGGAGGACAGCGGCGAUGACAACACGGGGCUCGCGCGCCGUGUCCCACCGGCUUAUGGUGAACUGUCGUCUCACUUCGGCGUCCUGGAAGCGGCAGCAGAGGAGAGCGGCAAUGGAGACGCGGCGCUCUACCUAGCGAAAGCGAAGAUGGCGAUGAUUGCAGCGCAUUCCAAGAGGCGGGUGCGCCAGGCAGACAUGAGGGAGUUUGUUGCUACGGAGUAA